UUAUGUAUAUUUGUUAAAUAUUAAUUUUCCUCUGCUAUUUGUAACCCCUUCUCUUUUUCCCACUCCGCCUCUGGUUUUGCAUAACUUUUACUUUUGAUUGCGUGCGCCGAUUUCCAAGUGGGAACACCACGACUGCCGGGCACAACAAGUUGCUUUAUCAAAUCAAAACCAAAAGCCGGGCCCCUGGGUCAAGUAAUGCUCAUAAACAACAAGAGCAAAUUGAGCGAAAUUCGGUGAUUCGAUCAGAGAAACGAGAGUCCCGGAUCGAGCCACUCUCAAUCCGAGCUCAGUUUGCGAGGUGCCUUCACUCGAGCCGCAUCGUUCCCGCUUUGUAGGGCAAAAAAUGAUUCAAACUUGGCAUUGCUUUCUUUUUGCACUGCUCUCGAUCGGGGCAGGUGCCUCCUCUGAGCAGAUGCCCUGCGAUCUGCGAGAGACGAGCCAUGGAAGCGUUUGUGUGUGCAACAGCACCUACUGCGAUUACAUGGAGCAGCCGGAGAUCACUGAUAGCAACCAGAUUGUGGUGAUCAGCUCCAGUAAGGAUGGCUUACGUUUCCAAAAGACAACUGGUGACUUUGCCAGCCAGAAACCCUUGGUGGUGCAAGAUAAACAAUCCAUAGAUGAGAACUUCAAGGCAGAGGCCAUUGUGGUGGAUCAAGGGCGAGCCUGGCUGCAGUUGGCCAACAUACCCCAGAGGCUUUUUAUCAACUCCAGUGUUCGUACUCUUCGUGUAUUUGUAAAUCGAGAGAAGCGUUUUCAAAAGGUUUCCAAUUUUGGCGGAGCCUUCACUGGCACAGUCUCGUAUUUACUAAAGCAAUUACCUCAAGAGCUGCAGGAUCAUGUCUAUAAAUCCUACUUCCAUCAAGAUGGUAUAGCAUACAACACCGUUCGCAUAUCCAUUGGUGGCUCAGACUUUGACUUGGAACCUUGGGCCUACAAUGAAUGGCCCCGGAAUGAUCUCCAGCUGAGUAACUUCACCGAACUGGAUCCCAGGGAUCUGAAGAAAAUAGAGCAACUAAAGCGGUUGAAAAUCGUCGGAAACCUAGAUGAACUAAAGAUCAUGGGCGCCGCCUGGAGUGCCCCACCCUGGAUGAAGAGCAACGAUCGCUGGACAGGAUUUGGUCAACUGAAGACGGAAUACUACCAGACAUGGGCUCUCUACCACCUCAAAUUCCUCGAGCUCAUGCAGGCUAAAAAUAUGCCGAUCUGGGCCAUAUCCACGGGCAAUGAGCCGCUAAACGGCGUCAUCGGUUUCUUCUUUGUGCACUUCAUGAGCAUGGGCUGGACGCCUUGGCAGCAGGCUAUUUGGCUGAACGACAAUCUGGGUCCAACCAUCAGGAGGAGCUCCACACAGAGCAAGGUGCUCAUCUUUGGCAACGAUGACCAGCGAUACACAUAUCCCUCGUGGUUCCGGAAGAUGCGCUCCUCUAGAAACAACUCUUUGUCCUACCUGGAUGGCCUGGCUGUGCACUGGUAUUGGGAUGAACUGGUUGGCCCUCAGCUCAUCGACCAGGCACACUCGGAGAUGCCUGAAAAGCUGCUCCUAAAUACAGAGUCCUGCAUCGGGGACAAACCCUGGCAGACCCAUGGCCCUGAGCUGGGCAGCUGGCAGCGGGGAGAGAGCUACAUGCGAGCCUACACCCAGGAUAUGAGGCAUCACUUCAACGGUUGGUUGGACUGGAACCUGGUGCUGGACGAGCAGGGUGGACCCAACUAUGUGAAUAACUUUGUGGAUGCACCGGUCAUUGUGAAUGCAACCAAUCGCCAGGAGAUAUACAAGCAACCGAUCUUCUAUGCCAUUGGACACUUCUCCAAGUUCCUCCCUGCAGACUCUGUGCGCAUCGAGGCGAAGAUUGAGAACGAAAGCAAUCCCUUCACUCAGCUAAGUGUGGUUGGCUUCCAACGUCCCGAUGGCAGUGUGGCUGUGAUCAUCUACAAUGGCCAGAAUCUGCCGGUGGAUGUGGCCCUCAAUGAUAGCCAGCGUGGUAUGAUCGGUCUUCGAUUGCCGCCGCGCUCCUGGCACACGGUGCUCUAUAAGUGAGGAGCGGGUUUCCUAUCCUAUUUCCCCAUUCCCGGAACCAAAGUCCACAAAAGUAGUUGUAAUUUAAUUUAGGAGUAGAGUACAAGAGGAGUCCAGCUGCUGCCGCUGCUGCUGCCCAAAGGACCAAUUGAGGCUCAAGUGACAUAGCGGCAGCGGAAGCCCAUAAAUUGUGCCCUCAACAGGAUGCUCGCAGGAUAAGAUGCUUGUGAGGAUGUUACGCCAGAGCUAUAUACCAGCGGAAAUUUGUUUAAGCCGCUCAAUUUGCCGGAACGCGUCUGUUUACAAUGAAAUUUCAUUUGCCGUUUAAUGCCGGCGCUCCUCCUUUAUUUCAUUUUAUCAUGUAUGUAUUUUUUCGGGCAAAAUACAAACGACAUGCUAUAUACUACAUAACAUAUAUCGGAGCACAUCUUUCGGAUCAAGUUGAGUGACAACUGCCAGUCGAGCGGCAACAACGUCCAACCGAAAGAAACAAAAAAAUAACAUCUCUCGUGUAGCUCUUUGGGGUUUCGUCUAUUUGUUCAAUAUGCUCUAUAAAUAUGAAUGUCAAUUGAGCGCCAAGCAAAUGCAUUUUCCCGCUUUUCCCCGCUCUUGCCGCUUUCCCCCAGCACUUGGCGCAUAAAAUGGGGCGUUUUAUGUAAGUCUAUAAAUUAAAACAUGAAACGUUUAUAAACCCAUAUGACGACUGGUGGUUGUGGCAGCCUCAACUGCGGUGGUGCGCUUUCUUUCCAUUUUUUUUGUUUUAAAAUAAAUUAAGAAUAUUAUGAAUAUAAAUAUGUGCAUUACUCUGAAGAAAAGUUCUGAUGAUGCGAAUUUGCCUUAGAGGAGGAAAGAGAAGAGGGGAAUGAGGAUGUAUAUUUUAGAAUAUAAUAUAAUACAACAUACAAUGUAUAAAUAUAUGUUGAUAGAUCCUUUGUAAAACAAUCCAACUAUGGAUUCGCUUGUAGAAAGAAGGGAU